UAUUAAUUUAAGUUAAUUUUCUCUUUUCAGCCUAGUUUCGCAAUUGCUGGGCAUCGAUGUCACACAUUGCUCACAGUGUACAUGGACCACACCAAUUUCAAGCAAAGACAACAGAUUUAGAUAAGUUAUUACAAAUUUACUUUACUUCAGACAACACAUUAAAAAGAUACUUUUUUAUUCUAAUUUCAGACACUCUGCACCUUCUAGCCUGGCUUCGCAUGUCCCGUGUUUAUUCGGUCAUGGGUCCACUUCCAGUCGGUCUUCACUUUCUCACCCAGGACUAUGCUCAGCAGCAAGGACUUUCCGGAAUAUUCCCCACUGUGGCUACGAUGAGUUUGACCUUUUUGGCCUGCUCAUGGUCCAAACAGCUGGGUUCCGAGAUCUUCUCCUACUGUCAAAUUAUCCUGGUUGGGCGCCAUUUGUCAUGUCCUGCUUUUCGCGCGUUCUUUGCCGGCUAAACAAAGUUUCUCCCAGGGCGGGGAACAACCAAAAAAUAUUACACGCAGCAGACAAAACAAAAAACAAAACGGAAUUUUAAACUUGGACAACGGCUAAUUCUUUUUUUUUUUUUUAAUACGGAUUUUGGAACAUCUAGACUGGACCACACUACUAAAUUUGUAGUCCUUGGAGUCCCUCCCAACCAUGGAUGCAUCUCCGGACACAUCUCCCAAAUUUUUUAGUUGUGGGUGCUACCUCGCCUACUUUAUCCCAUCCCCCAACACGAAUGUCUACUCUGACAACUUCAUUUCACUAAUACAUUGUAUUUUCAAAAAUUCCUCUUAAAUUCUAACAUUGGAAUAACCUACCCACGGUACCGAAGGACUUUUA